AUGGGGCCGGCGCUGCUGAGCGCGGUGCUGCUGUUUGUGGGGAGCCCUCUCUUAUACUCAGAACACUACUUGGUCUCAGAAGGGAGCAGGCGCGGCCCUCCUUGGGGACAGGCCAGUGGUCCACGGUGGCCCGAGGCUGUGCGGGGGCGACCCAGGCAGCAGAAGGGGCGCCGGGCUCAGGAAAAGGAAGGGUUGGAAGCAGAGGGCAGUGUCUAUUGUGGAAUAGCACCACUUGCUGAUGGGUUGAAAAGACCUCGGAUUAUAGGGGGCACAGAUGCUCAAAUUGGUGCAUGGCCUUGGAUAGUUAGCCUGCAGAUUCAAUAUGGCAAAAUUCUUGCUCAUGUAUGUGGGGGAAGCUUAGUGAGAGAUCGCUGGGUCCUCACAGCUGCCCACUGCACUAAGGAUUCUAGAGAUCCUUUAAUGUGGAGAGCUGUGCUUGGAACUAAUAAUAUACAUGGGAGGCAUCCACCCACCAAGAUUAUAAAAGUUAAGGCAAUCAUCAUCCAUCCAGACUUCGAUUUGGAAUCUUUUGUAAAUGAUGUUGCGCUUUUUCAUUUAAAAAAAAAAGUGAAGUAUAAUGAAUAUAUUCAGCCUAUUUGUCUACCUUUUGAUGUUUUCCAAAAUCUGGACCAAAACACAAAGUGUUUUAUAGGUGGCUGGGGAAGAACGAAAGAAGAAGGUAAUGUUACAAAUAUAUUACAGGAAGCAGAAGUGCAUUAUAUUUCUCGAAAAAUUUGUAAUUCUGAGAUGGGUUAUGGGGAUAUAAUUCCUCAAACUUCGUUUUGUGCAGGUGAUGAAGAUGGAAUUUUUGAUACUUGCAGG